AUGUUCCGCACUUUUCCGCUGCUCUGUCUGCUCUUCCUUACGAGUGUCCGUUCGGAUAACUGUGAUCAGGACGCGGGUGCCACGUUAUAUUGUCGCGGUGAACGUGCUCUGCGAAAUGUCCUGCGGAAUUUCAAUCGCAGCGAUAAGCCCCUUGUGGUGAUCAGAGGAUUGGAGAUAGUUCCGCUGCAGAACAAUUCAAUUGCUUUUGAGCAGCAGGAUCAAGAGCAGAGUCUUCUAGACAGUCUAUCCUUCUAUCUGCGCACCCACGAGAUCAAUGUAAAGCUGGCCGAUCUCCUGGAGGACGAGGCUCAAGUUUCAGAGGCCCGCAAAAAGGACAAAGGCCAGGGAAUGCUGUUGGCAAUGGCUCUGAUGUUUGGCAAGAUGAUGGCCGUGAUGGGAUUGGGCGGCAUCGCGGCUUUGGCCAUGAAAGCACUGGGCGUGUCCUUGGUGGCUCUGAUGAUGGCCGGGAUGCUGGGUCUUAAGACAGCCGCCCAGCACGGCGGAGAGUCCAGUCACAGCAUAUCGUAUGUGACCGGCGAGGGACAUCACCACAAGCGGAGGCGCCGCUCGUUCGGCCAACAACCCUUGGCCUACAGAGGCUGGGACUGA